AUGACCCCACCCCGCAGCACCCUAACGGAGGCGGAGGUGUUUCUAGGGACGCAUUACACUGGGAUCGACAUAAUGCUGAACCUGGGCGACGGCGAGUACUGGAAGAAGGUGAUGGGCCCGGUGUUCAUCUACCUCAACUCCAGCCCCAACAAUGGCAGCGACAUCCGAGCUUUCUGGGACGACGCCAAGGCGCAGGCGCGAGCGGAAGCCGGCAAGUGGCCGUACAGCUUUCCGGAGUCGCCGGGCUUCGCCAAGGCGGGCGACAGGGGCACGGUUACCGGCACUCUCCUGGUCAGGGACGCGUUCGCGAGCAAGGGCGGUGACGUGCCUGCUGCAACGGCGUUCGUCGGGCUCGCCGCGCCCGGCGGGCAGCCUGGCUCCUGGGCGACACAGUGCAAGGGUUACCAGUUCUGGACGAGGGCGACGGCCAGCGGCCGGUUCAGCAUCGGCGGCGUCCGGGCUGGAACCUACAGCCUCGACGCGUGGGUUCCCGGGUUCCUCAGCUCGGAGACUACGUGCACACCUCCACGGUGA